AUGCCCGUCCUGAAGAGAGAAACAGCCCAAGCCCACAGCCACUGCAGUAUGCUUCCGAAACUUCCUGUGCCAGACCUGCAGCACACACUGGACGCCUACCUGAGAUCCGUCAAACACCUCGUUUCUGAAAAGCAGUUUCAAAAAACAAAAGCUAUAGUGGAGACAUUCGGCAAGCAUGGAGGUGUUGGAGAAAGGCUGCAAAAACUGCUGCUGGAGAAAAGAGAAAAUACAGAGAAUUGGGUGUUCGACUUCUGGCUGGAAGACAUGUAUCUGAAGAACAGACUGGCGCUUCCCGUGAACUCCAGUCCUGCGUUGGUCUUCCCCAAACAACCCUUCAGAGACGUGAAAGACUCUCUGGUGUUUGCUGCUCGUCUUAUUCUAAGUGUUUCUCAAUACAAGGCAGCGGUGGACGGGAAGACUCUGCUGGUGGACGUCGCUCGUGGUCAGAAGGCCGACACACCGCUCUGCAUGGAUCAGUACAAGCGUCUCUUCUGCUCUUACAGACGGGCCGGACUCAAACUGGACACGCUCAUCACCGCGGACAGCACGUCUGACACAGGACACGUCAUUGUGGCCUGUAAAAAUCAGUUCUUUGCGCUGAAUCUGAAGGAAGGAAGCUGUAAACUGAACGAGGCAGAUGUUCGGGGUCAGCUGGAGUGGAUCUAUGAGCAGACGCUGAGCGCUGAGCAGAAGCAGCCGGACAUGGGACUGCUGACCGCCGCGGGCCGGACGGACUGGGCCCGGGCCAGAGACCAGCUGCUCAAAGAUCCAGUGAACAGAGAGUCUGUGGAGCUGAUGGAGCGCUGCGUGUGUGUCGUCUGUCUGGAUGAUCCUGCAGGACUCGAACCCAGCGACGCCAACAGAGCUGCACUGAUGCUCCACGGAGGAGGACAUGAUAAAAACGGGGCGAACCGCUGGUACGACAAACCCCUGCAGUUUGUGGUCGGUGCAGACGGUGUUUGUGGGGUCGUGGGUGAACACUCCCCGUUCGAGGGCAUCGUUCUGGUGGAGUGCACUGAACACCUGCUGAAGAACAUACGGAACAGCUCCUGGACGCAGAGCUCCGGUCGGACAGCGUCUGAACUUCCUCAUCCACGCAGAUUACUGUGGAAGUGUUCCCCUCAGGUUCAAUACAUACUGGCUUCUGCUGCGGAUCACCUGCACAGACUCGUGAGAAAUCUUGACAUGAACGUUUUCACGUUUGCGGUUUAUGGGAAGGAGUUCAUCAAGCAGCAGAAGAUGAGUCCAGACGCGUUCAUACAGCUGUCUCUACAGCUGGCCUUCUUCAGAUGUCACAGAAGACUCGUGUCCACCUACGAGAGCGCUUCUCUCCGUCGUUUCCGACAGGGACGUGUGGACAACAUCCGCUCCAGCACUCCUGAGGCGCUGGCGUUCGUGAAGGCCAUGACAGACAGAGGAACAUCUGCUCAGGAGAAGAUGGAGAAGCUGCGAGCGGCUGUAGAUGCUCAGAGUAAAAUCACAGUUCUGGCCGUCACGGGGAUGGGGACAGACAAUCACUUACUAGGACUACGUGAAACUGCCAAGGAGAUGAACAUGGAGACACCAGACAUUUUCUCUGAUGAAACGUACCACAUCAGUACCCACUUCAUCUUGUCAACUAGUCAGGUUCCCACCGCAGAGGAGAUGUUCUGCUGCUACGGUCCGGUGGUUCCUGACGGUUACGGCGUGUGUUAUAACCCACGGCCCGCUCACCUGCUGUUCUGUGUGUCCAGCUUCAGAGAGAGUAAGGAGACUUGUUCAGGGCUGUUUGUGAAAGCGCUGGACGAGGGACUGCAGGACAUGAGGAUCCUGUGCACUAAACACACCGACCACAGGAACACACCACACACACCAAAAUAGAAGCAUCACGCUUUCAUAUCUUCAGCACGACCUGUAAACUGUUACUCUGCUAGUGUUCACUCUUCAGAGGAGUGUGUGUGUGUGUGUGUGUGUGUCCAUUACAUACAUAUACUGGAUACUGGCAUGUACACACACACACACACACACAUAAAUAGAUCAAUAAUACAAUUAGCAUGGUAACAUAUUUAGAUACCUGUACUUUUAAAAUAGUUAUUUAUGUAUAAAUAAGCUUACAUGAGUUCGUGAGUAGUCUGUAAAAGUGCUUUUUAAGACAAGUUCUGCUAAUAUCUCCAUGACUAAUGAAACACUCACAUACAGUACAUGUAAAUGUACAGUAUACUUUACAUACUAGAAGAAAUGUUGCAUUUAAAUAACGUAUAGUUCAGUUAACUUCAUAUGAAUUUGAAUAACUGUGUGAAAGCACAGAAUGUGUAGAAAUACUCGUUUAGGUGAACUGUGUUUAUUGGAGUGGAUAUAAUGUCUGUGCAUUAUGUGAUGUGCUCAAACAUCUAACUAUAGGGAUUUAAAAUAUGUAUUUUAAAAUGUGCAAUAAAUUCAGUGAACGUGCAGUAAGUGAAAUGCUGUGAGGUAGUUGCACUAGGGACAUAUGAACUAAUAAUCAUCACUAAUAUGAACUCCUGACUCCUGAAUAAAUAUUGUCCUGGUUGUUGUUUCACUUGUUUGUUAUUUAUAGUAUGUAAUGAUGUCUGCUGCAUUCUUCUUUACUGUCUGUCAGAUUAAUAAAUGUCUUAAAAUGUAUUUUUUGUAAGUUCUGUGCAUUUUACUUGUGUGUACUUUUUUUUGCCACUGUAUGUUAUUUUAUUAGUGUGUGUCAGUAAAUUAUGGUGUAUGGAAUAAAAAUUAAUUAAAUAUAAAUAAAUUAUAAUUAUAAUUAAAUAAACUGGAUUUUAUUGCACUACUGAUAAAG